GACACCAUUCACCUCCAAGCCACUGCAGCGGUUAAUCCAGUGCUCUCUCUUGAUUCUUUGUUCGGUUGCUACUUCGAUUACAGACUAAUCCGACACGAUGCCCGCCGCCUCCACCACCGUCGCCACCGUCGCCAGCGCCGCCGCCGCCGCCGAAAACAGCCUGAGGACCCUCGGCUUCGACCUCAAGAGCCUCUUCACCACCGCCAACCUCCAGACCUUCGGCAUCCUCGCGGUCAUUGCGCUGGGGAUCCUCCUCAUCUUCGACUUCUUCAACUACGGAUACACAUCCUACGCCUACGGGGACACCUCCACCUACACGUCCUACGGCAGGAGUCUGAUCACAUCCGCAGCGAAGGUGUGGGACCAGCGCGAUCAGCUGGGAUUCAGCAAUCACGUUCGCGGAGGUCGUGGCCUGGAUUCUAUGACUAAAAUCCUGGACGACAUCGCUGACGCCAUCCUCAAGUACGAAGAAGUGGAGAACAACAGCGUUGGACAGUCCAGGGAAAGCAAAGUCCUCCAACAUUAACCUAAAGUUACCCAUAAUUCUUUUCAAAGAAAACGUUUUGCGUGAGAAAACGGAAAGGUAUAACUUGGGUAUAUUUUAAUGUCUUCAAAUUUGAAUUUGUAACAUUUGUGAGAUGUUUCAUAGGCUAUGUUUUGCUGGUCAGAAAUGCCUAUGAGGAAAAUGUAUACCACGGUCAUGUAUAGGUGUUUUAUAUUUAUUGUUUACUGAUGUAAGUCGUUUGUUAUACAAUCAAACUAAAAAUAUUUGCA